ACUCAUAAAUCACACAACUAAGCAAUCAACUUCUUAAUUCUUCAUCUAGCUAGCAUUAUAAAUCAUCAUGGGUGUUUUUAAUUUUGAUGAUGAAACCACUUCUAUUGUAGCACCUGCUAGACUUUUCAAAGCACUUGUUAUUGAUGCUGAUGACCUUACUCCAAAGGUUAUUGAUGCCAUCAAAAGUGUUGAAAUUGUUGAAGGAGACGGUGGUGCUGGAACCAUCAAAAAAUACACUUUCGUGGAAGAUGGUGAAACCAAGCAUGUGUUGCACAAAGUGGAGUUGGUAGAUGUUACUAACUGGGCUUACAACUACAGCAUAAUUGGUGGUGCUGGGCUUCCAGACACAGUUGAGAAGAUCUCAUUUGAGGCUAAAUUGUCCGAAGGACCAAAUGGAGGAUCUGUUGGAAAGCUGAGUGUGAAAUACUUCACAAAAGGUGAUGAUGCUCCAAGUGAAGAGCAACUCAAGAAGGACAAAGCUAAGGGUGAUGGUCUCUUCAAGGCUCUUGAGGGUUACGUUUUGGCUCAUCCUGACUACAACUAAAACAUAUAAUUAUUAAAUGCUUGCUUUAUAUAUGGUGUGUUGUUUUACUAUAUAUCCAGUGUGCUUAAUUUGGCUGCCAAUGUAAUUCUCUGUUUUAUUUUAUCCCUUUCCUUUUGUUGUGGAAGUAAAAGUAUGAGAUUGUAAUUGAUGUGACUCACUCACUAAGUCUCUUGGGCAGCAUAUACAUAAUGGUCAUACUAAGUUUAUGGGUAUUAGGUGUAUGUCUGGUUGGCUUCAUUGCUAGUGGGAUAUUGUUUGUGUAAGCCUCGGCAAUAAUUAUAUAAGAAUUUGAUACUUGUAAUGAAUUAUAUAUUGAUAAUAUUUGCCUAGAGGGCAAUAAUUAUAUAAGAAUUUGAUACUUGUGCUGAAUUA